AUGAGCGACGGUGGUCAGUCGUCGUACGCGAGUUCGACGUCGCCACCGACGUACCUGGACUUCGCCCGUGGGGCGCCGUCUGCCACGCCACUUACCAAAUCUCUGCACAAUGUGCCGGGACACCUCAAAGCUGUGCCCGAAGACGAACGAGUCCCUCCGACGUCGAUAUCCGCGUCGCGUCUCUGCCGCCGAUCCCAGCCAUCGUCCUCGUCUUCGUCGCACGGCCGUCGUGGAUACCGAAGUAGCAGCGGCGGCAGCUACGAACUCCACGAGAGCUCAGCCAACCUGGACGAUAUCCGGCAGGCCGUGGAACAGCUAGCCGCCAGAACACAGCAGGGGACGAGCAACAGUGGCUGCGGUGGCUACUCGACGUCGACGUACUCGUCGGACGCCGAGCCUGGCGGUGUUGGCGGGGGCGUGCGGAGGCUAAUGCGGCACUCGAGUCUCGAGACCAUCGCCACCAACAUCACGAGCGCCGAGGAGUUCGUCUGGGUGGACAACCUGCAGUCCCGGCUCGUGGAAAUGCAGCGGCCACCCUGGACUAACCAUGACGUGUUGCGCGUUCUCCAGAGCGGCCGCCUUCGCGAGCAGCGUCGCAAGAUAUCCAUGGAGGUCGUGCCGCGGCUCUCGUUCCUCUUGCAAAGGCCCCUGGUGCGCGUGGCCAGGGAGGCUCAGAGGCUUUCGCGUCCGCUGGGCGUGUGCGGCAAGCGGCAGGUGAGCGGCGCCCUCUGCAUCGUGUUGUCACCAGCCCUGGCCGAGAGCUGCGUGAGCGCCUGCCACCGGGCCGCCGCAAUGUACACGUCAUCGUCGUGCGACCAACUACGGCUGGGCAAGAGCGCCCGCGCAGGUCUACAGCUGCCCGUGGGCCGGUUUCAGCGCUGGGCGUGCGACGCCCGCUUGGCACCUUGCGUGCACGAGUACGGCGCCCUGUACCUGACGGCAGCCGCUGAGAAUUUGCUGGAGGAACUGGUGCUUCGCUGCUUGGAGCCCGGAGCCACACUCACGGCCGCCGCCCUCGAGGCGGCCAUCGCGAGCAGCGGCGAACUCUGGGGACUCUUCCAGCCUUUCGCACACCUCAACGCGGGAAGGACGGCGACAGGCGCUCUGUCGAUGCCCCGCUGGCCUCAGCAGCUUCAACAGUGCUCAAGUGGUCGCGGAGCUCAGGUCGUCGACCCACAGCAGCCCCAGUCGCCGGGCCAGCAGCCUUCGUCCAAGGAUGAACACCACCGGAGCCCAUCAGCAGCGAGCGACGCCCACGAACAGAGUUUCCUAACCACUUGCGUCGGGAGCAUCGCAGAGCUGAGUGAACUCUUGGCAGCGGUGACGCAGCUAUACCGGAGCCGCACUGGUUCGCAGCGCCCUCCGCUCAGCUGGGGCCCAGGAGCCGUGCACGCGCUCUACCACUACAUGCGUUGCUCGCAGCUGGAGCACGCCGAACACGGAUCGUCCAGGCGUUCGGCGGGACCGGAGCUCAUUUAUGAGAGGCCGUACCAGGUGCUCCCUCCGCUUGUGGAGUGGGUACGGGUGGCGCACGCGCAUGCCGAGUACCGGCGCUCGCCCCUCGUGGACCAAGAUGACGUCAUGCAAGCUGCGCGUCUGCUACUGCCCGGAGUCGACUGCCCCGUGCGGGCCAUAGGUGAACUUCACGAAGAACGUCUCCUGCUGCUUCGGCGAACGAGUUCCUCGUCGGCGGACGACGUGCAGCAGCAGCCUCAGGAGUGGGCUCGCCAACUGCAGACCGAGUUGGCGUUCAGGCUCGUCUCUCUGUGUGGUCAGCAGGGCACGGGCGCUUCCGUGGUGUCUCAGGCGAUGGCGCUGCUGCCAGCGUCAACGCGACUGGACACGCGCGACCAGCGCGGCCUGACACCGCUCAUGCUCGCCUGCGCCAGGGGAGACGAGGUUGCUGCCCGGGUGCUCGUCCAAGCAGGAGCCGACAUACACGCCGAGGCACCAUUGUGCACGCCUCAAUGUCCACUAGCCGUGCCGGAAGUCCAGGGCUGGACUGCACUUACAUUCGCCACCACACAAGGAAUGGCGUCCACUGUCCGAAUGCUUCUGGAGAAAGGUGCCAACGUGGAAGGGAGCUCAGCGCCCAAUGAGGAGAAGGUGACGGAAACUCCGCUUCAGUUGGCUGUCGCAUUCAGUCACCUGGAGCUGAUAAGCGUACUGCUUUCGUACGGAGCGAAACCCUUCUGCGCCACGCCGUUCCUGGACGCGCAAAGCUACGGGGGUGCGCAUCCGCGCGGCUGCUAUGGAGCGGCGGCAGUGGCGGCAGCACACGGACGCCGAAGCGCGCUGCGGAGGCUGCUCGCCCACCGCGCGUUGCCGGAGGCCGAUGAUCAAGGAGACGUGCUCUCACUGCACGAGAUUCUGGCCGAAGGAGCUGGGACCACAGACCGGAGAACGACUAGAAGUAGCAAGAUAUCGAGUCCGGACGAAGGGCUAGAAGGAGGUGGCCACCAAGUCCAGCAGCGAAAAGCGGGACAGCCUUUGAGUAAAGCGCACGUGAAAGCUCUGCAGGAAGCCAUGUACCAGAGUGCGGAGAACGGAUACCUCGAGGUCACCUUGGAUCUCCGGAGUAUAGGUGUUCCUUGGACGCUACACUGCUGGAUGCAGACGUUGACAAUGGCUCACGAACAGCAACUUGAGAGUACUAUUGAUGAGCUGCUGCAAGAUUUUCUGCACGUUUGGCCAGAAGAUUGCAGCACACAGUUUGUGGAAGACUGCCUGCCCCUGCUGUUCUCCAUCUUUAGGCAUAGCAAGAAUGAAGGCACCACCCUGCUUCUAGCAGACAUCUUCUCUGUUUGCUACGGAGAAGAGAGCAUCAAGGAAAUUCGGGACGUUUCACUCUCUGGUGGCGCAAGGAUAGACCCCAAGUAUGUAAACAAUCCUGAGAUGUCAGACGUGCAGUUCCGCGUAGAAGGCCGUGCCUUCUACGCUCACAAGAUCAUCCUGGUAAACGCGUCGCCUCGCUUCAAGGCUAUGCUCUCCUCAAAGUCGGCGGAGGGCAGCACGCCUGUCGUCCAGAUCAACGACAUAAGAUACGACAUCUUCCAGCUCGUCAUGCAGUAUUUGUACAAGGGCGGCUGCGAAGACUUCGACAUUGACCAAAACGACGUGCUUGAGCUUCUCACGGCGGCCACAUUCUUCCAAUUGGACGGCCUCGUUCGCUUCUGCGAGGCGCGCUGUUCCAAGUGCGUCGACCUGGACAAUGUGGUCGCCACGUACGUACACGCCAAGGUGUACAACGCAGUCCAGCUCCUGGAGUACUGCCAGGGUUUCCUGCUCCAGAACCUGGUCGCGCUGCUAAGCUACGACGACGGCGUGCGCAAGCUGCUGUUCGGCAAGCGGUUACACAACCACGACGUCCUCAGCGGCUUGCUGCUCACGCUUCAGGCCAGGGUCAAGCAGCGGGUGGCCAUGUCCAAGUCUCUCGCCGGAAAGCGGGCUUCCACCGGCCACGAUGCGAAGAUGAGACUAGUCGGUCCCAACAAGUAACUGAAGGCCGGCACAAACGUCCACUCAGCGGAGAUAA